GGCUAAUUAUGCACUAACCCAAAAUAUAACGACUAAGUGAAGCCGGGAGCUGGGGCUUUUGCAAGGAAGCAAGAAACAGAAAGAGAUAAAAGAAAUGGGGUGGAUCGGAGACACCGUAGACUCCAUCAAAUCAAUUCAGAUCCGGCAGCUCCUCACUCAGGCUGUCAGUCUUGGUAUGAUCGUUACAUCAGCCCUUAUAAUAUGGAAGGCAUUGAUGUGCAUCACUGGCAGUGAAUCUCCUGUUGUGGUUGUUCUUUCUGGAAGUAUGGAACCUGGCUUCAAGAGAGGGGAUAUUUUGUUCUUGCACAUGAGUAAAGAUCCUAUUCGUGCAGGGGAGAUUGUUGUUUUUAAUGUUGAUGGCCGUGAAAUCCCAAUUGUCCAUCGUGUAAUUAAGGUCCAUGAAAGGCAAGAUACUGGAGAAGUUGAUGUCCUCACCAAAGGAGACAACAAUUAUGGGGAUGACAGGCUUUUAUAUGCUCAAGGUCAGCAAUGGCUUCAUCGGCACCAUAUCAUGGGCAGAGCUGUGGGGUUCUUGCCUUAUGUUGGUUGGGUAACCAUAAUCAUGACUGAAAAACCAAUUAUCAAGUAUAUUCUGAUUGGAGCAUUGGGGUUGCUUGUUAUAACUUCUAAAGACUGAUCAGCAAGUUGAAGGGUUGGCCAAAUCUACAAGGAAAUCCUCCUACAAUUGCCAACGCUUCUACCCUCUCCUUGGUAUCGGCCAUUUCUUGCUUUUUUAUACACAGAACAAAAAUUACAAUUCGAUAAUUUAUGGCAGAAAGAAGUGUAGUGAAGUAGGCUUCAGCAACUGUGGUUUUACUCUGCAUUUUUAUAUAUCGGAUUUUCAGCUGUGGAUCCCAUGUUCCUGAAAUGUUGAAACUGAAUUUUUAUUUUUUAUUUUUUUGAAAGAAUGAAACUGAUCUUUAUAGAA